UAGAAUUCGCACCGCCGGGAACCGAUCCAGAAACGAUUCCAGACUUUGAAACUAGUUUGACUUGAUGAUUGACAUAUAGUCGCCUAAGGUGCAUAAGCAUACCUUCAUACCUUCGCGCUGACAGGUAGCCUACUGUUCCGGGACAAUGUCGGAGUUCUGACGAGUUCAACGUGCCAUGGGACUGAACCGACUACAAUGAUUCGUCAUUGAGUUGUGGAGUCUGACAGGCAGACAGGAGUUGCAUGUCUUUACUUUAGUACCCAAUGGAUCCUUUCGAUAUGGAUUAUGACUCACAGAGACAAGAAGACAACGUUUUCCCAGCGUACCUCGUGGAACGAUACCAGGAAGACUUAGCUGGUCUGGACCUUGUCUUUCUAGAGGAGGAGGAAUUGGAUCUGUACAACUCCCUCUCGGCCAUGUCCCUGUCCAGUCCCCAGGCCCAACACCGCUCCCCUCUCUGGUCCCAGGGCGGAGGCAAUGGGAGCCCCAACGACCCUAACCCUAACACCCAAGGGGUGGGUGGAGGGGUCCCCAACCCAAAUCCUUACCUGAGACCCAGGACCGGGGAGACAGUGGACCCCCUGAGAGGAGCAGUGGACCCCCUGAGAGGAGCAGCCCCCCUACCACCCCCAGUACCCCCUCGGAGGAGGACCACCAGUGCUGCUCUGCUGACUAAUGCUCAGAAGAGGUUCUCCUGUGACCUGACUAUACCCGCUAUCAGACUGAACCGCUCUAAUACAGCCAGAGAUAGUCAUCUGGAUACCUGGAACAUCAAACUGAUAGACACUCCACAAGGCAGCACCAAACAACUGGCUUCUCUCUGCAUGUUGACGUCCAAACUGUUGUCUAGCUAUCCCCACACUGACCAGGUGUCUAACUCAGGGGUGGUGUGGGGGCGUGUGUCACCUAUUCACCCCUCCCUACUGCAGGAAGCUGAGAUCACCAUCAAUGUGUCUACUCCCUGGGUCCCCCACCAAUUACCCAUUCCCACCAUGUUGAACAAGACUGUCCAGACCCUGAUAGGUGAGAUCUUGCUGCUCCUGGAACAGGCUAACCCAAUAGACAGUGGACACUACCUCCUGAAGUUGUGUGAUUCUGAGGAGUACCUCAGGAAUGAGGAGAUGCUGGGUAUGCACGGGAGCAUCCAGGACUAUCAGAAGUGUUCCCUGGAAGUCCCUGUCAGACUACUACAUGUUAACACGCUACAGAAUCUAUUGGCAAGGGACGUGGAGGAUGACAGAGCUCCAUGUCACCUGUACCAGCUCCUUGGUGCUGCUUGUGUCUUCAACACAUCAAGGUUGAGCCUCCAGGAGAAGCUGAGUUGCUAUAACAAAGAGGUGAACCAACUGAUGAGGAGCCAGUGUGGGAGCAAUCUUAACCUGCUACUGGACGAGGUCCGUACCAUCAUCAACCUGCUGUGUGGGAUCUCUACUGGAGAGGUGGAAGAGGCUAUCGGCAAGCUACGGAGGAUCAAACCUGUAGCACUGGACCAUUUGGAAAUGUACGAGUGUGAGACCUCGAUAGUGAUGCUCAACCAGGCCCUGGGCAAACUGCUGCACAUCUUCUUUGACAACUUCAGCUCAGACUUCAGGGGCCAGGAUGUGUACCGCAACCCUCCUGUCUGUGACGUAGACCACAGCACUGACAUCCUCCAGCUCAACGUCGCAGCGCUAUACAAGCUGCAGCCCAACUGGUUAAACAGUUUUAAUUACUUCUCCAUUUCCUGUUCGUUGACGUUUGGCGGGAAAGAUAUCUGUGAGACGGGCGUCUCCGAGAACAUCAGCACCGCCUUGUCGCUUGGCAACAAGAUCCAGUGUAACCGCAUGAUGGUGUUCCCAUUACUGAUCAGACAGCUGCCCUAUGAGUCAAUGUUGACUAUACGUCUCCUGGGGUCUAAACAGGGGAAGACUCCUGAACUGUUACGCUGGGCCGUCCUGCCUCUAUACACUAACAGGACCCUGGUGAGUGGUACUGUCCUGCUCAGCAUGUCUAUGCUGGUGGAGCUGCCUGAGCCUCCUUCCCCUGCCCUGUCAGACAGCCACAGAAUGGCUACUGGCGUCAUCCUGCAGUUGGAGUUCCCAGAAACAGCUGAGUGGAGGUAUGAAAGGCCCAUCUCCCUUCCAGGGUCUGUCCUGUUCAGUCCUCCGUGUGAAGAGCUAAGCAGGAAGAUCUCAGAGGUCUCCCAGAAACACUGCCUCUGCUUUUUGUCAGAGAAUGAGAGGGCAUUACUGUGGAGUAAGAGACACUGCUGUGAUGGGAGGACCACCUUCCUGCACCUGCUGCUGGGUGGCGCCCCCCAGUGGGCUCCGGAGGACCUGACUGAGAUCUACACCAUACUAGAACACUGGACAAUACACCACCCUGAGGAAGCACUGUUUCUACUGUCUAACAGUUUCCAUGACCAGACGGUGCGUAGAAGAGCUGUGCAGCACUUUGAGCAGACUUCUGAUAGAGAACUAGAGGAAUAUCUACCUCAACUGGUCCAGGCUCUGAAGAGUGAGUGGGAGUUGAAUGGACCUCUGGUGAUGCUGCUGUUGGACAGGUCACUGAAGAGUGUCAGGAUCGCCCAGCAGCUCUACUGGCUGUUGGUAGAUGCCCAGGAUGACCCCUAUUACCAGAGCUGGUUCAGUAAGGUGCAGGCUGCCCUGAGACACUGCUGUGGUAAAGCACUGAGGCAGGAGCUGGAGCACGAGACCCGCCUGGUAACCCUGCUCACGCAGGUGGCUGAGAGGGUCCGCAUAGCUGACAAAAAUCGCAGGAAGGAUGUGUUGAAGAAAGACAAGUGGAAGAUUGACAGCUUCUUCAAGAACGGGAUCAGCUGUCGUCUACCAUUGGACCCUGCUGUCCUCGUGAAGGGAAUUCGUGUGGAUGCCUGUAAAUUCUAUAACUCCCACGCUGCUCCUUUGGGAAUCUCCUUCAUCAACACAGAUCCUCUGGGCAGGAACAUCUCUGUCAUCUGCAAGACAGGGGAUAACCUGCGGCAGGACAUGCUGGUGCUGCAGAUAGUGCGUGUGAUGGACAAGGUGUGGCUGCAGGACGGGCUGAACAUGAGGAUGGUCACCUACAGGUGUCUGUCUACUGGCCGAGACCAGGGUCUGGUGGAGGUGGUUCCAGAGGCAGUGACCCUGGGUAAGAUCCAGCAGGAGUGGGGUCUGGGUGGGGCGCUGAGAGAGGACACCCUGGAGAAAUGGUUCCACAUGUGGAACAAGACUGAGGAGGAUUAUGAGGAGGCUGUGGUGAAUUUCAUCCACUCCUGUGCUGGCUGGUGCGUAGCGACCUUCAUCCUGGGUAUCUGUGACCGCCACAACGACAACAUCAUGCUGAAACACAGCGGUCACAUGUUCCACAUCGACUUCGGCAAGAUUAUGGGCAACGCACAGAAGUUCGCCAGCAUCAAAAGGGACCGGACUCCAUUCAUCUUCACCUCAGAGAUGCAGCACUUCAUCACCGGCGGGGGUCAGAAGCCCCAGAGGUUUCAUCGCUUCGUAGAGCUCUGCUGUGAAGCCUACAACGGAAUACGACGACGCACCGCCCUGGUGCUCAGCCUACUGCAGCUGAUGCUGGGUGCAGGCAUGCCGGAGCUGAAGGACAUCCAGGACCUGCAGUAUGUUCAGAACAACCUGAAACCCCAGGACUCUGAGAUGGAGGCUACGUCCUACUUUACCAAGAAGAUCAAGGAGAGCAUGGGUAGCUUCCCGGUCAAGCUCAACUUCCUGAUCCACACCAUGGUCCAGUCAUCUGGGAAGAAGCUGGCACCGCCCAGCCCUGCUCAGAGCUCCUCCCCCAACACCAACAUCCAGGAAGCUGUCAUACAGAAGUACACCGUGAAGGGCAAGGAUGUGACUUAUGAGUUGAGGGUGACCAUUGAGGACGGCUUCCUGAUCAGUGAGAAGACGUUUGGCCAGUUUGAGCUGAUCCACAGAGAGCUGAAGAAACACUUCAUCGAGUCUACGCUCCCACAAUUCCCCAAAUGGUUCAAGAUGUCGUUCACUCCAGGCAGAAAAAUGUCCCUGCUCAACAAGUAUCUGAAGGAACUGUUCGAAGGACCGUGUAAAGGGAAUGAGUAUGUGUGCAGGUUGUUUCUGGAUGGACCCAAGACCGGGACUCCCAACUCUGUGAAAUCAGACAGAGACGGUCAACCCCAGAUUCAGCUCUACAUGUCCUACAACGACCACAAGCUCUCAGUCCUGGUCAAACACCUCAAGAACAUUAAUUUGGCCAAUGGUUCGUGCCCAGAUGCCUAUGUGGUCACCAGGCUGAGGCCGGACCCCCUCAACAGGUCCAAGAGGAAGACCAAGGUGGUCCGUAACAACCACAACCCUACCUUCAACGAACUGAUAGAGUACCGUGACGUGUUGUCUUUGCAAGGCCGCGUGUUAGAGGUGACGGUGAAGAGCAGGAAGGCCUUUGUGGCCGUGACCAAUGUCAGACUGGAACAGAAGAGCAUGGACACUGAGGAGUGGUUCCUACUGGACAAUCGGAUGCAUAGUGCCUUUUCAUUAGGGCGCAUCGCAGCAUAACACUGAGGAGUGGUUCCUACUGGACAAUCGGAUGCAUAGUGCCUUUUCAUUAGGGCACAUCGCAGCAUAACACUGAGGAGUGGUUCCUACUGGACAAUCGGAUGCAUAGUGCCUUUUCAUUAGGGCGCAUCGCAGCAUAACACUGAGGAGUGGUUCCUACUGGACAAUCGGAUGCAUAGUGCCUUUUCAUUAGGGCGCAUCGCAGCAUAACACUGCGGAGUGGUUCCUACUACUGGGAAAUCUGAUUCCUAGUGCGGAAACCGAAGAUGAGCGUUUCUUAUUGGACAAAUCCAGGUAGCACUGUCCCUCCCUGUUUCACAGAAGUGUCUCUCAUUGGACAAGUACAGGUAGUACCUCACUCCGUUUCAAAAUGUUUUCUCCCUACUGAACGCCAUUCUGGAGAGGUGAUGUGAUGGCAGCCUGCCACCACUAGAUGUCAGUGCUAUACAGGAACUUCCAUGGAGCAAUGGGGGAAUUGUUAUACUAGAGAAGUUGUCUGUUCGAUUUGGCACCUGAUCUGGGAUCAGUUUACCCUCCUCACCUAAUCCAAAACUAACCCUAGAUCAGCAUCUAAGGAGAAUUCUACAACGGGUUGGUCAAAACAAGCAUUGUGAUUGGUUGAGACGCGUUCUAAGCCACACUAAGAAACCUGUUUAGCACGUGUACGCCUAUGACGCAAAAAUGGGCAUCUUGUUUUCUGUUUUAUCUGAGAAAUACUUGUGCAUCCCAGUGUCCCAUCAGCCCAGCCAACCAAUUCAUUAACUUGAUCUCCACUGUAAAAAGCACCUAGACAUUAUUUCCCCUUGCUUCUAGCCUAACAUUUGGUUUGCAACAACAGGGUUUGUAUAAACGUCGCUGUCUGUCUUUCGACAUUUGCAACAUUGUUUCAAUAUCGAAAUUCGAUCUCCAGUGUCCUAUUGAGAAUUAACGUGUCAGGACGAGACUGACAUAUUUUCUCAGCCAGUCGAAAUCAUGAAUCUGCAUCUUUUUUACGGAUAUAUAUAUUUGUUUAGUUAUUGCUUUACUUCAUCCUACUCCUUUAUAUAGAUGAGUCAACAUCCUGCUCCUUUAUAUAUAUGAGUCAACAUCCUGCUCCUUUAUAUAGAUGAGUCAACAUCCUGCUCCUUCAUAUAGACGAGUCAACAUCCAGCUCCUUUAUAUAGAUGAGUCAACAUCCUGCUCCUUCAUAUAGAUGAGUCAACAUCCUGCUCCUUUAUAUAGAUGAGUCAACAUCCUGCUCCUUUAUAUAGAUGAGUCAACAUCCUGCUCCUUUAUAUAAAUGAGUCAACAUCCUGCUCCUUUAUAUAGAUGAGUCAACAUCCUGCUCCUUUAUAUAGAUGAGUCAACAUCCUGCUCCUUCAUAUAGAUGAGUCAACAUCCUGCUCCUUUAUAUAGAUGAGUCAACAUCCUGCUCCUUUAUAUAGAUGAGUCAACAUCCUGCUCCUUCAUAUAGAUGAGUCAACAUCCUGCUCCUUUAUAUAGAUGAGUCAACAUCCUGCUCCUUCAUAUAGAUGAGUCAACAUCCUGCUCCUUUAUAUAGAUGAGUCAACAUCCUGCUCCUUUAUAUAGAUGAGUCAACAUCCUGCUCCUUCAUAUAGAUGAGUCAACAUCCUGCUCCUUUAUAUAGAUGAGUCAACAUCCUGCUCCUUUAUAUAGAUGAGUCAACAUCCUGCUCCUUUAUAUAGAUGAGUCAACACCCUAAGCACACCACUACUAGUGGUUCUUGGAGGGUGUUUGGAUUUGAAGAAUGAAAUGUUACAAAGCUGGGGAUGGGACUAGGCCUAGCAGGGAGGCUGUUUACUGGGACUCUAGUCUGAUACUGGACACUGUAUUUAGGAUCUAUUCUCUACACUGUAUCUUUCUUGGUCUAUUUAUUUCUCAAAAUGAAGGAAAUGUAUGUUUUGAAAAUGUGUAAUUAAUUAUAGCCAUUAUUGAACUCAUCAUGUACUGUUUGUUAUGUGUGUAGAUAAUUUGUUGUGAAAUGUAAUGAACUGUUUAUACUCUUAAUAGUCUGAUUGCUCCUAUUGGGGACAGAACUGGGAGAGAUGAGAGCAUGUGGCUGGCUCCAUCCCUCCCUCCCUCCCAUCCCCAGCUCAACCCUAUUCCAAUCCUCAGCUCAGCCCUAGUCCAAUCCUCAGCUCAGCCCUAUUCCAAUCCUCAGCUCAGCCCUAUUCCAAUCCUCAGCUCAGCCCUAUUCCAAUCCUCAGCUCAGCCCUAGUCCAAUCCUCAGCUCAGCCCUAGUCCAAUCCUCAGCUCAGCCCUAUUCCAAUCCUCAGCUCAGCCCUAUUCCAAUCCUCAGCUCAGCCCUAUUCCAAUCCUCAGCUCAGUCCUUGUCUAAUCCUCAGCUCAGUCCUAGUCCCAUCUAUCUCCAUUCUCUGACCUGUUCUAUCUGCUCUGCACUCCACUAGUCUGAGCCAUGCAUAGUGGUGUAUUGAUGUGAUUAGUCUGAGUCGUGCAUAGUGGUGUAUUGAUGUGAUUAGUCUGAGUCGUGCAUAGUGGUGUAUUGAUGUGAUUAGUCUGAGUCAUGCAUAGGGAUGUAUUGAUGUGAUUAGUCUGAGUCGUGCAUAGUGGUGUAUUGAUGUGAUUAGUCUGAGUCGUGCAUAGUGGUGUAUUGAUGUGAUUAGUCUGAGUCGUGCAUAGUGGUGUAUUGAUGUGAUUAGUCUGAGUCGUGCAUAGUGGUGUAUUGAUGUGAUUAGUCUGAGUCAUGCAUAGGGAUGUAUUGAUGUGAUUAGUCUGAGUCAUGCAUAGGGAUGUAUUGAUGUGAUUAGUCUGAGUCAUGCAUAGGGAUGUAUUGAUGUGAUUAGUCUGAGUCAUGCAUAGGGAUGUAUUGAUGUGAUUAGUCUGAGUCAUGCAUAGGGAUGUAUUGAUGUGAUUAGUCGGAGUCAUGCAUAGGGAUGUAUUGAUGUGAUUAGUCUGAGUCAUGCAUAGUGGUGUAUUGAUGUGAUUAGUCUGAGUCAUGCAUAGUGGUGUAUUGAUGUGAUUAGUCUGAGUCGUGCAUAGGGGUGUAUUGAUGUGAUUAGUCUGAGUCAUGCAUAGUGGUGUAUUGAUGUGAUUAGUCUGAGUCGUGCAUAGUGGUGUAUUGAUGUGAUUAGUCUUGAGUCGUGCAUAGGGAUGUAUUGAUGUGAUUAGUCUGAGUCAUGCAUAGGGAUGUAUUGAUGUGAUUAGUCUGAGUCAUGCAUAGGGAUGUAUUGAUGUGAUGCGGAGGUGGGAUGCAGUGAUCCAUUGAAGAGAUUUACCAGGUGGAACGAUGUCAUGUGACCUUAAUGCCACCAAUCACCAUUCUCCCAGCAGGCUACUGACCUGGACUACCUGCUCUGCACUACACUGAGUCAUUAAUAGGGACUGAGUCCCAAAUGAGACCAUAUUCCCUAUAUCGUGCACUACUUUUGACCAGAGCCAUAGGGGCCAUUUGGGACUCAUACAGGGAGUUAUUGAGGGUAGGGAUGAGAAUAAACUUCUUUGUAUACUGUAUUGGUUUCAAUAAUAUAAACCUCUUAUGAAAUGUUAUUUAUAUUACCCACUGCCCCGGGCCUUUCUCAAGGGUUUGGUCUUUUAACUUUUAAACUGUGGUGGCUGCUGCUAGCCCUUUUGAAUGUCUUGUUUUAAGUGGUAUUUUUAUCUUAACUCUGAGACACGUUGGUCGUAUGAGAAUCUAUUUAGUCCCGGACAAUUGUAUUGUUACAACUGUGGCACACUGUAAAGUAUUUUUAUGUGUAAUGAAAGUUUUGAAUGUUUUGUGACAUGGUUUUCCAUCACUGUAAGCGGCUGACGGUCACAUCUGUAAUAGUGUUCUACUCUAUUCUCCAUCCAGCCCCCCCCUCCCAUCCUCAGCCUUAGUCAGUCCCAGUCCCAUCCCUUGCCAAGUACCUCAACUCCACAAUGAUUUCAUCCACAGAGUUGAGUGCAGACUCAAGUUUUUGAAAUUAACUUUCAAAAACUAUGAAAGCUAUGCGUCGAUACUUCCAACAAUACUUCCUUACUGUGUACAGUGCCUUCAGAAAGUCCCAGUCCCAUUGUCCUUGAGUCCUGUUGGUCCGUCAGAUCUAUACCACUAGUUUCAGUAAAUUAUAUCAAGACUUGUUCUAUGCCAAUAAAUCAGAUAUCUAUAUCA